AUGAGUGAUAAGGAGAAACUUAUCUCGGACGAAUCGGCUGAAGAUCCACAAAAUGCUACCCCAAAGGAGGUUACUGGAAAGCUACCCUGGUACUUUGCAUGUGGAUUCCUCAUGUUUUUGGGUCUCCUUUUCUUCGCCAUUGUAAUACCACUUUUUUACCGACUCCCAACGGCAAUGACAAUGGAGGAUGCAAACAGAAAUGUGUUUAUUGCGGAGCGUGCCUACAAAAACCUGUAUACUUUAUCUAAUAUUGGUAACAAAUUGACGGGUAGUAGGGAAAAUGAGAUUGAGGCAGUAAAUUUUAUAAUGAAAGAGGUCACACAGAUUCAAAAAGAUUGUCUGAAAGAUUAUUUCGAUUUGGAAAUUGAUUUAUCCCAAGUCUCUGGUGGAUUCCCAUACAAAACAGUACUAAAUACAUAUCAAGGAGCUCAAAAUAUAGCUGUGAAGUUAGCUCCCAAGAAUAGCACCAGUAAGACUUACCUUCUGGUCAACAGUCACUUUGAUUCCAAGCCAGCUACUCCGUCUGCGGGGGAUGCCGGAUUUAUGAUUGUCACGAUGUUGGAAGUCUUACGGGUUAUUGCAACAACGAUGCAAGCCAUCGAACAUCCAAUUGUAUUCCUAUUUAAUGGACUUGAAGAAGGUUCUAUGCAAGCUUCUCAUGGUUUUAUCAAACAACACAGAUGGGCGCCGUAUUGCAAGGCCGUCGUUAACCUAGAUGGCGGUGGAGGUGGAGGCCGUGAAAUUCUAUUUCAAACUGGUCCCAAUCAUCCAUGGCUUGCUGCUGCUCACAAGACUGGACAUGCUGUCUACUAUGACUUUCUGGGUCUCUACUUCUUUUACUACUCAGAGGCCACUGGCAAAUGCUUAAACUACGCUGUUGCUGGAGCUGCUCUCAUUUUAAUAUUAAUUUCAAUCUGGCGAAUGGCAGAUGCUUCCCAAGUUACAAUUUGUCACGUGAUCCGUUGGUUCAUACUGGUUAUGGUGAUUCAAAUCGUUUCAUUUGUGCUUGGACUCGCUCUUCCAAUUGUGGUUGCUUAUGGAAUGGACUCCUUCGGACUGUCGCUGACUUACUAUAGUACCCCAAUGCUGAUAGUCGGAUUAUAUGUUUGCCCCUCUCUUAUUGGCCUAAGUUUACCUAUUACCAUCUACUACAGUCUCCAACGCAAUGAUAAGAUCUCAACAUCGUACCACCUCCAAUUGGCUCUACAUAGUCAGGCUGUUAUCCUGGCCCUUCUAGCCACUAGUGUUACAGCUUUAGGCUUCCGUUCAUCAUAUAUUUUCGUAAUUCCACUUCUGUUCUACGUUAUAUCCUUGGCUCUUAACCUAAUGACCAUUUUGCAUGACCUUGGAUUUGCCUGGGCAGCCUUUUUAAAACUGAGCCAGAUUAUUCCAUUCCUUUACAGCAGCUACCUUGUGUAUAUAUUCAUUGUGGUGAUGACCCCCAUGGGAGGUCGUUCAGGAAGUGGUUCCAAUCGGGAUUUGUUUAUAGCAGUCUUAGCAGCUGUAGGAACUGUUCUCUCCUUUGGAUUUUUAGUACCGCUUAUCAACACUUUCCGUCGACCAAGCUUUAUGAUAUUUGCCUUACUGGCAACUACAGCCCUCUCUUUGUACUUGGCCAGCAGCACACAAUUGGGAUUCCCGUACCGUCCGAAGACGAGUGGUCAGCGAGUUGCAUACCUGCACGUGCGAAAUAAGUUCUACGACUACGAUGGUACCCUCAGUAAGGACGAGUCAGGAUAUCUGUUUAACUUUCAAGAUCGCCGUGAAGAAACACCUUUUGUGGGAACUAAUGUUAACUUGACCGGAAUGGUUAGCAUAAAAUCAAAUUGUGAAAGGUACAUGAUGUGUGGGAUGCCGUUGUAUGAUUAUCGUUAUGUUCAGAAUCGUUUGCAAAGCAAAUGGUUGCCAAGAUCGGAACCCGUUGAAACUCCAGACUCUUCCAAUUUGGAAUUGCUCAGCAAAACUAUUGUGAAUUCUACUACUUGCCGCUUUGAGUUCAAUUUAACAGGACCUUCCCAUAUGAGUAUAUUUAUUCAACCAUACGAAGAUGUGAUCAUAAGCAACUGGUCGUUUGAGCGAACUUACCUUGAGAAUCCGCCAGAGGCACCGCUGUCUUACCAUAUUUACUUCACUUAUGGUAUAGAUGACUCGCCCUUAAAUUUUUUUGUGGAAUGUUCGAAACCUGAUGGCGAUUUCAAGGUACCUUUAUUCCAACUUGGAGUGUCAUGGCAUUACAUUGGUCAUGAAGGGGAUUCUGAAAGCAAGAAGCUGAAAUCUUCGUUUCCCUCUUAUUCUAUUGUAGCAGAGUGGCCCGUUUUAUAUAAAAGAUACAUUUUUUAAAUUGGCGAAAAAAAUUGUAAAUUAUAAAU